GUCUGCUCUGGCCCUGGCCCUUGGCUCCCUAGCUCUGACUUUUCACAGGCACCUUCGGCCCUCCAGCGAAUCUCAACCUUGCCCAGGAACCUCGGGACCAGGAGGAAGGACCCUCCUCAGAUAGCCUGGAACUUCGUGGCACUGUCCAUGGAGAGGGAGAGCCAACCAGUGAUGAAAAGCUCCCGGAUGUGGGCCCUUCAGCCCUGGAAGGAACGGAGAGAAUUGGAGGCUGAGCUGGGCAGGCACUGGAUGGACCUAGAGAUGGGGGACACGAGGCCCCAGGAGGAGGAGGAGGAGGAGGAGGAAGAGGGGUCUCUGAGCUUCCUUCCUGCCCCAAAGGGCUGGGGCCAAGGCCAAGCAAUCAAGGCCAUAUGGAGAGGCCAGCUGGGCCUGAUGAAGCAGCUGCUGAGGCAGGGGGCCUGCAUCAAUGACAGGGAUCCAGCAGGCCGGACCCUGCUCCAUCACGCAGUGGUGAGCGGCCACAUCCCGCUGGUCCGGUUCCUGGUGCAGCAUGGGGCCGCAGUGGAUGCAGCAGAUGAGGAACUGGUCACUCCUCUGCACUGGGCUGCCUGGCAGGGGCAGAGUCAGGUGGCUGAGCUGCUCCUGCAGCGAGGGGCACCAGCUUCAGCCAGGAGUCGGCAAGGCCUCACGCCACUGCACUGGGCAGCUGCCCUGGGACGCUCGCUAUUGGUCCAGCGACUUCUCGCCCAUGGCCUGGAUGCUGCCAGUGAGGACGUUCAUGGGUGGACAGCACUGCACUGGGCAGCUGCAGGGAACCAGCUUCCUGUGGUAGAACUUCUAAUCUGUCAGGACAUCUCUCUGGACAUCAGCUAUUCAGGAGGCCCCUGCCCUGUGCAUGUGGCAGCUGGGGCUGGGAGAAAGGAGGCACUGGAGUUCCUUCUGAUCCAGGGAGCAGAUGUCAAUGCCCAAGAUAGCACGGGGGCAACAGCUCUCACCAUUGCCUCAGGCCUGGGGGACCAGGAGGUCGUAAAGCUGCUCUUGGACCAUGGCGCUGAUGGGGACCUUCCAGACCAACAUGGCCGCUCUCCCCUUCACCGGGCAGCUGCUGCUGGCCACCUUCCUGUGGCCCAGCUACUGGUGGAGAGAGGAGCUGCAGUGGAUGCCCAAGAUGGACUACAUCUCACACCCUUGCACCAUGCAGUCUUGGGAGGAGACACUAUGUUUGCUAGCUACCUCCUGGACCAGGGAGCAGAGGUCAAUGUGGCCGGUUGGCUCCACAAGACCCCUUUGCACUUGGCCAUUGAGAAGGGUCAUUGCUCUAUGGCAGAAUUUUUACUAAGGCGAGGAGCUAGCCCCAACCUGCGGACACAGUGGCUGGAGACUGCAGAAGACCUCGCCGCCCCAGGCAGUCCUCUCAAGAUCCUCUGUUCCUUUCAGAAAGGCCAAGACGAGAGGUACAAGGCUGGGCAGGGCUCAGGCCCCUCCACGUAGACAUCCAAACUGGAGGUCUGAGUGGUACUCUGCUACUAGCUAGCUUUGUGUCCUUGGGAUCACAGGACAUACAGGAGGACCCUUGUUGAUUAUCUGAUCCAACAGUCUCCUUUUAUGGAAGAGGAAACUGAGGCCCACAGGAGUACAGUAAUUUGCUCAAGAUCACGUGGGUAGUGAUUAGAGUUGGCAUCUAAGCCUUGGUACGCAUCUGUAAAAUGGCAAUAACACUUGCUUUCCUGACAGCAUUACUAUGAAGACAGUAAACCCUAUAGUAAUAUAGAAAAUAUGAGUUAUUGUUAUUGCUGUUAUUACUGGGACCCCAGAGGAAUGAAUGUUUUUAAGGUUGGGUACCCCCGGGACAAACGAAGGUGAGGACUGGGAAAUAAGCUCGACAGGGCAGAGCCCUUCCCUUUUGCCAUGUUUACUUUUUCCUGGAGGAAAUGGAGCAGCAGUGACCCAAACUCAUGGCCAUUUGGCCCCAUGGUCUGUCUAGCUCUGACGGUGAGGAAGAAUAAGAGUCCCCACCUUCUGCCAUCAUCUUUUGAGGAGAUUUCCUUAAUAAUGAUGGUGGCCAUCAUUUAUGGAACUCUUUAAAACUUGUAAAA